AUUCCUUCACCGAUCUGAUUGGACGCUGCCCUCCCCAUCCGCCGCCCGCUGAGCUCACCACGAUCGCCUUGUCGACGCGCCGCCGCCCUUCUCGUCCUUCACCUUCCCCUCCGACGUCAAGGCCGCAACUUCCUUCGGCUGCCACCGAGUUGUAUUCGCCGGGAUAAGAGUAAAAGCCACCAAGUUUUUUUUUUGUUAUCGCAUUUGUCUGCAAUUCCAUCUUGACCAUCGGUCGUCGCUGCUCAACCUCUCCUCACCCACAGCAUCAUCGCCGUAACCAAGCAAAGCAAGAGCUUCUUAGAGAGAGGAUGCCGAAGCGGACGACGCACACGUACUCGAGCGAAGACGCGAGGCCUGACGGCCCCGAAUCCGAUCUCUUUGUCUACUACUGCAAGCACUGCGGCUCCCACGUCCUCAUCACCGAUACCCAAUUGCAAAAGAUGCCGAAGCGGAAGACUGACAGAGCACAUGUGCUGGACAAGAAAAAACAUCUUGCAAGAUUGAAUGUUAAAGAGGCAGGAAAAGUUCUAUUAAAACGCGGUGAAGGGAAACUGGAAAAACAGUUCCGCAUGACUUGUACGGGUUGUGAUCUCUUUGUUUGUUAUCGUUCAGAGGAGGAUUUGGAACUUGCUCCUUUUAUUUAUGUUGUUGAUGGUGCACUGAGCUCAGUUGCAGCAGAAACAAAUCCACAGGAUGCUCCUCUGCCCCCUUGCAUAUCACAAUUAGAAGGUGGCCUUGUCCAAGUGGCAAUUGAAGUAGAAGACCGUGCACAACGUUCAGCAAUUACAAGAGUGAAUGCUGAUGAUGUUCGAGUGAGUGUAGCUGCUCCAGCUGCCCGAGGAGAAGCUAACAAUGAACUGUUAGAAUUUAUGGGCAAGGUGUUGGGCUUAAGGCUGAGUCAAAUGACGCUUCAGAGAGGAUGGAACAAUAAAUCAAAACUUCUAGUUGUCGAGGACUUGUCUGCUAGACAGGUGUAUGAGAAGCUUCUGGAAGCUGUGCAACCCUGAUGUAGCCAUAUGUUUGGAGCAGAUUCCAUUGUGCUUGAGCAGAUCUGCCUGAGUAUUAAAGAUGCUAGCUGGAGCAUGGACCAUGGAGCUUGUCUGGAAGGACCUGGAGCUGCAGUUGCCAGUAAUUACUGAGCCCAUUGAGCCCUACUGUGGGCAGAUUCAACUUAAAUCAACUAAGUGUGAAUGGGGUGCUCGCAUUUUUUAAUCGCACCACCAGACAGGACUUGAUGCAUUCGCAACAUUGUUGUAAUCGUAGACCAUCUGUGAACAUUAUCUUGGGGAUAGUUCAACUUGUUUUCUCAUCAUUCCAAUCUAAAAAGUGACUGCUUCUGUUCUGCAUUCUGUUUAACUUACCUUUAAUAUGAAACAUCAAAAUUUAUACCUCAACUCUCAGUUUGACUUGUAUUUAAUGUGAAACACGAAAGUUUUAUUCCUUGA